AUGCUUUCAGGCUUCAAGCUUCCCAAGCGGAAGGUGGAAUAUGUCGCGGUGGACCGGCCGCUGCCUGCGGCGAAGAGAAGGAAAGAGGGUACGAUGGCCGCGCCCCCUUCUGCUGAGAAAGGAGGCGCCAGCACCUGCACCUCCCCGGCCCAGUCGUCCUCACGAGGCCAAGAGGAACAUCGCCGGGAGGAGUCAGCCCCCAUGGCCCCGCCGGCUCCGGAAGUGCUGGCGUCUGCCGCGGUUGAUGAGGUCCCAGCUGCUCCGGAACCUGUAAUCUCCCAGGUCCUGGCGACGGUGUCGCCUCCUGCUGCUGCCGCGCCUCCACUCCCAAGUUCUUCUGCUUCUGCUGCUGUCCUAGAGCAGGCUCUUUCAGAGAUGACCCAACUGCAGGCAGAUCUCCUGAGCGUGGACCCGCAUCUGGUGGCCGGGGGCCUGGAGCUGGCCUCUGGCUGGCUUCAUUCCGACUUGGCGGUUCGCGCGACACUGAGCCAGGCAGCGGCGUCUUCCGAGAAGGAGAAACAGAGUGCUGCCAAUGCUGCAGCCGAUCGUGAGGCGGCACUGAAAGAUGCCAAGGCCGCCCGCGACCGCUGCCAAGAGCUGGAGGACGAGCUGAAGAGCCUGCACGACAAGCAUGCCGAAGAAACACGUUGUCGCCUGCUACCUCUUGAGCACUGCGUUGUGGCGCAGAACGGUCAGCUGUUCUUGGAUGACUCGGGUUGA